UUUGCUAUCUGCUGAGAUACCAGAAAUACCUGCAAUAUUUAGUCUUAAAGUUGCCCUCAGGAUGGAAGCUCGAAAAUUUUCUACCCACAUAUUGGAUACAUCAGUGGGAAAGGCGGCAGCCAAUGUGAGAGUAACAGUUUCCAGGCUAGACGAGAUUCAGGAGUGGAGAUCUCUUCGAGCGGCCCAAACUGAUGCGGAUGGUCGCUGUCUACUUUUAGAACCCGGUCGAUUUCCCAGCGGGAUUUACAAGCUGACCUUUCACGUGGGCUCCUAUUACGCAGAGCGCAAUGUGAAGACCCUGUAUCCAGCGAUCGACUUGAUUGUGGAUUGCAGUGAGAACCAGAACUAUCACAUUCCUUUGUUGCUCAAUCCCUUCGGAUAUUCCACUUAUCGUGGCACAUAACGUGAUUGUGGCUCAAGGAAAAUGGGGAAUGAAUUGUAUACAACUAAGGAAACUAUUUUUCAGUUGAUUUGAAUAAAUGCCGUUGGAGCUCCA